GACGCGGUGGAGGUGCGUGACGAUCUCUUCCUCUUUCGGAUAGCUUCUCCAGUGCGCCAAACGCUUCCGCUCCCCUCCCCACGAUCCCUUUCCCCGCACCAAAUCGACUCGUGCAUCAUGAAUAUCUGCGGUCACUUGCGCUCUACCCCGAGGCAAACGUUAGCGCUAAAUACACGUAAAAUGUACACAAUGAAGGAACCCGCACUCUGUCCGUCCAAGCCUGCUGGCCUUGCAACGCCGUUUCCAACUGGACACAGGAGACCAAUACUGGAACAACGUCAAAAUGGUCAUCUUUAAAUCAAGGCAGCCGCCGAUUGAUUUGCCUACGGAACUCACUGACUGGGACUGGCUGUUUGAUUCAAAAUACUCGCCAAUCAACAAAUUCCCACCCAACGAGCUCAAUGGUUUCCAGAAUGCAGUUACCAAGGAACGCGUCAGCUGGCUAGACGUGAAGAAUUACUCUACAUACAUCUCAACCGCACUAGUCAAGCGUUACGGCCUCCGAGAAGGCGAGACAAUCUCAUUGUUCAGUCAGAACACCGUAUGGUAUCCCGUGGCGAUGUUUGCGGGCUUGCGAGCGGGAGCUAAAAUCUCCGGAGCGAGCCCUGCUUACAAUAUUGAAGAGAUGGCUUUUGCGCUUAAGACGGCCGAUGCAAAGUUUCUGAUGACCACUCCGGGUAGCAUGGAAGUUGCAAGCAAAAGCGCUGAGGCGGCUGGCUUACCAAAAAGCAACAUCUUUCUGCUCGAAGGAGAAGUCCCUGGCUACACUACUAUACAGGAGUUGAUCAAGGUUGGCCAGUCAUACGGAGAACAAGGUCAAGCUCCAGCAUUCAAGUUGCCACCUGGAAAGAAAAACAAGGAUGUCUGCGGAUUUCUCUCUUUCAGCUCGGGUACAACGGGCUUGCCAAAGGCUGUCAUGAUAAGCCACCAAAACGUAAUUGCACAGUGUCUGCAAAUCGAGCAGAUCACGCCCAAUACCCAUAAGAAGAUUAUGGCUGUCCUUCCGUUAUUCCACAUCACCGGACUUGUACACCAGAUGCACCUCCCCAUCCUGCUAAAUGCAGAAGUGAUCAUGCUGCCGCAGUUCACGAUGGAGGGGAUGCUCAACACCAUCGUAGAGUAUCAGCUAGGAGAGCUCCUUCUCGUGCCCCCCAUUCUGAUUCGACUGGUGCGCGACCCUAUAGUCGACAAGUAUGACCUCUCGCACGUCACCCGAUUUUCCUCUGGCGCCGCGCCCUUGAGCGAGGAGAUCAUCCAGCUGUUGCAAAAGAAAUUCCCGAACACCGGUUUUAAGCAAGGCUACGGCAUGACCGAGAGUUGUUCUUGUAUUACGGCUCACCCCCCGGAGAAGUAUGCGUACAAGUACGCGCAUUCUGGAGGUGCAGUCUGCGCUUCAACCGAGGUCAAGAUACUGAAAGAAGACGGGACCGAAGGUGAUGUGGGUGAAGUGGGAGAAAUUCUAGCAAGAGGACCGCAGGUCGUCAUGGGUUAUCUCAACAACGAAAAAGCGACGAGGGAUACCUUCGACGAAGACGGCUUCUUGCACACCGGCGAUCAAGGCUUGAUUGACGAAGAGGGAAUGAUUCACAUCACAGACCGCAUCAAGGAGCUUAUCAAAGUAAAAGGCAUCGGUGUUGCUCCAGCAGAGCUCGAAGACCUACUUCUCGGCCACGACAAGGUUGAGGAUGUAGCUGUGAUGGGUAUUCUGGAUGACUACUCAGGUGAACUGCCGAAGGCAUUCGUGAAGCUAAAGGAUGGUGUGCAGGCAGAUACGGCUGUAGGGAAGGAACUGAUCGGCUUUGUGAAGGAGAAGAAGGUGAGGCAUAAGUGGGUUAAGGAGAUUGAGUUCAUCCCGGAAAUACCGAAGAGUGCUAGUGGUAAGAUUCUGAGGAGGGUGUUGAGGGACAAAGAGAGGAGUGGGAAGGACAGAGGCGUGGUCGUCAAGGAUGAAGCUAGGGCUAAGCUCUGAGGGGAGCUGAGACUGAGAUGCUUUUGCCUAC